AACAGUCGCUCAGCAAGAAGCGCAUAGGCAAAAUGUAAUAUGUUGAACACAAUAUCAAUUAGGUUCGCCGUCGAAGACGAUCGUGGUGUGUGAGUUUGCACUAUGCGAUUACAGUGUGCUCGUCAAGUAAGCGAGACUGCCAUAGAAAGACACGUGUUGUCAGCGCCAGUCACAGGAUGCCUACGGGACUGAGAUAUCGCUAUCACCGCCGUGGACAGGCCGUAAGAGCUCAUGGCGAGGGCAGGUCGAUCAUCCGACGGGUAAUUCAGCCUCGACGGUCGGAGGUCCCAGCCACUCUCCGCCGUUUGCCUUAAACGCUCCUCAGUGCUAUAUAUACCGCAUCCGAAAAAUGUAGUCUACUCAGAGCCUCCUCUCCCACAACUUUCUCAUAUAACACCCACUCCAACUAGCUCAACCGCAUAUAAGCAAUUAUAUUUGCUGGAGUAGUCUGGGGCACGGUUAAAGGCACCCGUCAAUCGUCGAUCAACCCAACUGUCAUUAUUUAAACAUCCUUACUAACUAUAUUUUAACCUUUAUGCAAAGCAGCUGAAUUUCUAUUUCUGUUGCUUUUUCCGUGUUCCUUCGACUUUGAGCCUUGCUUUGUUCUACUACUACUUUCCCAUUUUCCGACUGGUUUUGUAUUCAUAUUGAUCAGCUGGUCUGUGCAUUCCUUGGCGUAAUGGAUAUUGACGAUACGGAGAGCGUGACCAGCGCGCAUACGGCUACUGGCACGAUUAGCAGCCGUUCGACACGGUCCAUGCUCACUGGCACUUCCAUGGACGGUACUCCUGCUCCAUCGGUGUACUCCUACCGUUCGGACCGCGAUAGUCGAGCUAUGCUACGCGAAAUUGCUGGAAGAACAUUAAAUUCAACAAAUGACCUUUAUCUGCUACCCGCAGAUGAAGGCGAACAUGGCCGACUGGAUAAGCAGCAUCUAGUCAAUCUUCUUGCGAUCGGAGGGCUCUAUAUCGCAGUAAAAGAAGUUCGCGAGGCCUUAGUUCCGAUCCCCGACCGCCAAAGAGCUAUCCUUGAUCUCGGCUGCGGCGGAGGAAAUUGGUGUAUGGGAAUGGCUCAAGAGUUCCCCCAUGCUCAGGUAAUCGGAGUUGAUUUGGCACCGAGCACGACCAGGCCACCUCCCUUCAAUUGUCGAUUUGAAUUUGACGACUUCACUCUUGGACUCGAACAUUACUACAAUUCAUUCGAUGUCGUACACUCUCGUUGUACAGCGAACGGGGUCGUAGAUUACGAAGGCUUCAUUCACGAAGCUGCGAAAUGCGUCCGACCAGGCGGUGUUCUGCUGUACACAGAAGGAAAUUUAGAGAUGCAAAGCGAACAGAAGAUUGGGCAAGAGCCUGCUUUUGGUGAAGGUGGUCCCAAUCAAUCGUGGCUUGCUCGGGCUACGUUCGAGGCGUAUAACCUCAUGAAAAAGAGGGGAAGCUAUGUGGACGCUGGCAUUAUGCUUGGUCGAUGGAUGGAGAGCUGUCCUGAUCUCACCGACGUUCAAUAUCGAGAACUAUGGACUCCGAUCGGCCCAUGGAAGAAAGGUUCGACGAUAGAAGAGACGCAACGCCUCGAGAUGGUAGGGACAUUGAUGCGACAGAACAUGAAGGAGUACGUGAGGUCGUGUAAGCCGAUGUUUGUCGCCACGGGGUACCCGCCCGCGCUUAUAGAACGGUUCGUGGAGGGGACUGACAGAGAACUUGACGAGCUGAAGAUACACAUGUACGUCAAGUGGCACCACGCGUGGGGGAGGCGUAGAGAGAAAUCGAACCGUCCUCUGGGACCUGCGACUCAGUUGAGUGGGACUGGGGGUGCGAUAACUGUUGAUGAGUAUGAGACACAGAUGAUGGUUGGGUAGCAGUAGCUUUUUCUGUUUCUGUUUUUCCUUUCGUUUUUGUCUUCGUAUGAGAGAUAUCGUUAUGACCUCUCUUCUUUUACUUUCUUUUCUUCGUUGCGUCCGUGUUUAAUCUCUAAUCCUGUCGCUGUUCGGUUGUAAAACUUCAUGUCUUUGUCGUUUUCUUUCACUGAAUCAUACUUCUGGGUGACUUCUUGUAUGGUGUGUUAUAUCCUGACGUCCCGUUCAAAAUGUACAAUACAAUACAAUACAACACCAACCACAUG